AGGCUGGCCUCUUCUUCCAUCAAGGUCUGACUGCUGCCUUGGGCCUGCUUUAUCUCUACUCCCGCUACUGCUAUUUUAUGGGGUAUAAAGAGUCCUCCUCGGGAAGCUUUGUAACUCACGCUGCAGGUUGGAUUUGUAUUCCACAACUUUCUGCUAUAGGUUUCUUGACUGAUCUCCUUGCUUUCAUCCUGCCUCACCAUGAAUACCAUCGCUAACAUAAUGCAGGAGCUGCGUGACUAUUGGGCAGACCAUUUCUCACGCAGAUUUCUACCUAAGAGGCCUCCCCUUCGCCGAAUCACCUCCAUUUCCACUUUCUACCUCUUGGACCACAGAACCCGGCAGGCUGAACUAGGUUUGGAUUACAGCCAUCCGCGGGCUCAGCUGAGUGAUGCCAAGUUUGUCUUCCAGGAUGGCAAAUGGCAAGGCGAGAGUGGCCUCUCUCAUCGGCCGCCACUGCUGCAGUUAUUCUCCUCCCAUGACCGGGAGCAGUCCUGUAAAGUAAUGAAGAAGGAGAACAAGGCUCUCCUGGAGGAGAACAAUUACCUGAAGCUGCAGCUCGAGCUGCUGAUGGACAUGCUGACAGAGACCACGGCCCGACUGCACGUGGUGGAGAAAAAGAUGGACAUCCCUACAUGGCAUACCAAGAUGAAGAAGCCAAAUAAGGUGUUGAUGCUUAAGUCCUAGCAGGAACCUUGGAUGCAAGACC